CCGAUACUAACGACCAACUCCCGAAGUUCAAGGCCUCCCAGCACUCAUCGAGCCGCCGAGCCUAUUUUCGGCCUUGAGAAUGGGGGAGGGGGCCGCGCGGCGACCCGCAGUCUGCGAGGCUCCGGCCGUUUCUCAGGCUCCCCCAGCAGGGGCAGGAGGACCCACACCGGGGUCAACCGGGUCGAGAGACCGGCGGGUCCGGAGCCCGGGCGGGGGACAAGCCCCCCGGCUGCCGCCCCCUCCCGCCACUCAAAAAACGGGAAAGGGCGACCGCGGGGUGAGGGUCUCCUCGGACCCAGGUAGAGCAAAGGCGGGCGAGAAGCAGAGCCUCGGGCACUGCGAUCGAAAUCGUCGGGGGCGCGCGGCCAGGACCCAGCGGCGCGCGCCUCCGUUGCCAGGUGGGGGAGGGGCGAAAGGGCUGAAGGCCGCGAGGCGACGGGAACCGCGGAAGCGGGGGAGGGAAAGGUACGAGAAGGCGUCCGCGCCGGCGGCGGCGCCGAGCACGCGUGCGCGGGGCGGCCGGGGCCGUUCUCCGCGCGCUCUGGCCUCGAGCCGAGACCGCCGCCCCUCCCCCACCCAGCUAGCGCGCUCCCUUUCUCUCACCCGCCGCCGCCGCCGCCUCCGAAGGGGAGAGGUCCUGCCGCAGCUGCUGCUAGAGUCUCCGAAUCCCUCGGGCCCAGAAGCCGCCGCCUCGCCGGUCCGCAAGCCUCAGCCGCCGCCUCGCUCGCUUCCUCAGGGGCCGCAGCGGGCUUCGACUGCGCCACUCGCACCCCGCCUGGACCGCGCUGCACGUCAGCACGACCGAGUGCGUCAGCACGCAAUCACGAGAGCCGCUGGGCCCUCUGGGAGCCGUAGUGCUCUGUGCGCAGGCGUUGGAGCCACACGGUGCAGUUUUCAAAAUCAAAGUAACACUGAAAGCUGGACAUGCCUGUCGGUUCUCCCGGGACUCAGGAGAUCAUCACAGGAAGUUCGCUGUGAGUGCAAGGCCAGCUGGACUGUAUGACAAGAGCCUUCUCAACAACAGCAGCAAGAAUGUAGGGCUCACAAGACCGGCUCAACUGGAAAAGGAAUGUAACGUGUGGUAGAAGGACAGAACUACUGAAAGUUGUCCUCUGGCUUCCUAAUGUGUGGCAUGAUACCACCCCCAGUCCCCCAAACACAUGCACAAAAUAAAUGCAUAAAUAAAA